CAAGAUGGCGGACGCUAUGGAGAAUGUUUCACUUUUUGUCUUCUUGCUCGCAGUUUCCUUAGGCAUUUUACUCAACUUCCAAUCUAUCCAACCCGAACCUUACAUGGAUGAACAAUUUCACAUCCCCCAGGCCCAAAAAUACUGUCAAUACAAGUUCAACGAAUGGGAUCCAAUGAUAACAACUUUGCCAGGACUGUAUUUGGUGUCCUUCGUCCUACUUCAAAUAACCGCCUUUUUUACGAGAAUCAAGCUUAUCGUAAUUUGUUCGGCCUUUUGGCUACGGUUUACCAAUGUCCUAUUUAUGAUGGGAAAUGCUUUGGUACUACGGAAAUUGCUCUUAAAAAUUCAUGAGGAAACAGAAGUUCAAAAGAGUGUGAAGGAUAAGACAACAUCCUCUGAUGCCCAAAGACAAAUUUCAUCCAAGUGUACAUUCACUGCCAUAAACAUUAGUAUUCUUCCAGUCUUAUACUUCUUCACAUUCCUGUACUAUACAGAUGUUGGGUCUACAUUCUUUGUCUUGCUGAUGUAUCUCUUAAGCCUGUAUGAACGACACACCUUGGCAUCCUUGGCUGGUGCAUAUUCCAUUAUAUUUAGACAGACCAACAUAAUAUGGGUCAUAUUUGUUGCUGGUACGACUGCCAUACGAACUCUCCGCCCACAAGUCACCAAACUCGUAACAGACAACCAUAACAUACCAGAACCGUUUUAUUUUCUUUAUUCGUUUUUUAACAACAUCGUUCUCAUGAUUCGUACUCUUUAUUCCUAUGGCCUGAUUGUCGUAGGUUUCAUUUGGUUUGUCAUUGUUAACAAAGGGGUAGUUGUCGGAGACCGAAGCAGUCAUGAAGCAUGUUUAAAUUUCCCCCAAAUAUUUUAUUUCUUGAGUUUCAGUUUAUUUUUUAGUAGCCCUAUUCUAUUGCUGUUUGAUAAUGUCCUUGAAUUCCUCACAUUCCUGCGGAAAACCCUAUCAAAACCGUUGCGAAUUCUAGUAAUAUUCUCAGCUUUGCUAUUAGCAAUUGGCUUGGUACAUCAGUUCACUUAUGUCCAUAAGUACUUACUAGCUGAUAACCGCCAUUGCGUGUUCUAUGUUUGGCAUAAGAUAUAUUCUAGGCAUUGGUCAAUAAGGUACCUACUUAUCCCUUUAUAUUUCUAUGCGGCAUGGGCAAUGUACACCAAAUUAUCUUCUAAACAAUGUUUCACAUGGCAAUUACUGUUUUGGAUUUGCGUGACUUUGUUGACUGCCCCACAAAAGUUGUUAGAAUUUCGGUAUUUUAUUCAUCCUUAUAUAAUGUAUAGAGUUCAUAUUCCUUUUACUUCCUACUCCAGAAUGAUUAUGGAGUUCAUCUUAUAUCUGAGUAUUGAUGCCGUUACUAUACAUCUAUUCUUGAAUAAGCCCUUCUACUGGUCACAUGACCCUAAUGUGCCUCAAAGGUUCAUGUGGUAAUUUUUGUGAAGAUUUUGUGAAUUUUGAAGAAUUUGUGAAUUUUGAAAAAUUCGUGAAUCUUGUCAAAGAAUUUGUGAAUUUUGAAGAAUUUGCAAAUUUUGUUACAAAUAUAGAUAGAAAAAAAACAGAGAUAUAUAACAUAUUAGUCUAUACCUAGUGAUGGUUUAUCACAAAUCCUGCACUCUGAUUGGCUGAGCCAAAACAAUGCUGGCCAACUCUUGUUUUAAACCCUAAUUUCAAAAAAAAACAACAUUUAUUUGAGCAAUUAGUAGGUUUCAACUAAAACAAUUAGUCCUCUAGCUUUCAUGAUCUACAAGUCAAUAGCUAUUACUGCCAUUCUACUCUAACCAUGAACACUCAAGUUUAUUGUAUUUUAUGUUUUAUUUGUAUAAAUAUACUUUUAGUUUUUCUUUCUCAUUCAUCAUUUUAUCUCCUUAGAUUUUUAUGGACUUUCAAUACAUGUAACUCGAAUUCCAUUGUUUUCAAUUUGUAAUUUGAUUGGUUGACAAACUCAAGUGUUCAAGGUUAGAGUAGAACGACAUUAACUCAUAAAACAUUUUGGCUUUGGGUCUAAAUUUCRAUUAUGUAGACCCCUAAGAGACAAUCUUUGAUGUGAGGCAGGCAUAAAAAUACAAUAGUUAUACUAUAAAUUCUUGAUGGAAUUUAUUAUAUUUUAAUGUUAACUCUCUUCAAGUUAAUUCUGAGUGAGGUCUAUCAAAAAAUGAAUGUAGUCACGAGAGCUACUAAAAGUUUUUUUUGAGGACUAAAAAUACGUUAGAAUUCAUUGGUUAUGAUGACAUAUUUAAUUUAAGAUUUAUCUAUGUAAUGUCAAUUAAAUUCCAUGUUAAACAAUAAAGAUUAAUUGAAAAUCA